ACCAUGGCCGCUCUCCCACAGCGGAGCGCCCGUUGUCAGGCCAGGUGCGGAGUUUUCGCCCCCCUGGCAACCGCCUAGCGCUCCCACGUCUCGACAAAGGCCUCCGUCUAUCGCCUCUCCGGUCGAAGCGGUUGUUGCCUUCCUCUCUUCAGCCGUAGCCGCUUCUCCUCUGAAGCUGCCGGGGCUGGACGAUGGUGGUGGCAUCUCCCGCUGGAGUGGGGUGUGGGUGUGCUUGAUACGUUGCAUGACAAUCACAUGCCAGCACUAGUUGGAGCUGCCUGUUGUGUCUAGUUGGGUCUCUAGACAGACAGUUCUGUCACACGUGUCUGCUCCGGGUUGCUACAACUGCCCAAACUGCACAGGCUUGAAACUGUAGUGAUGCUUUCUCUUGGGUCAGUCUCAGGUUCGGGAGCAAUAGCAGCUUAUGCCUCACCUGAAAUUUCUGGUGCAAGGAGCUGGAGGAGAAGCCGUUACCAGCGAUAUGGCUGCAAUGUUGAAGAACUGCGAACCUGGCGGAGGGAGCGUGAAUCAGCCCUGAGGAGCGCACGGAGGCUGCAGCAGUUGAUCAGUAAGCGGCUUUUACGUGAAGACACCUGGAUAGAUGAUGGACAGGUUGGAAUUGACAGUGACGCAGCAGCUCCUUUCUCUGAGGAAGAGGUUUCACAGCUGCUGAGAAACAUCCAAAGAGGAACAGAAGGCAGGGCAACAUCUCUGCGCCACCUUCGACAAGGAUUGCAGCACAGAGAGACCCAGCAGAAAUUCAUCAGGCUGGAGGGCAGUAUGCGUGUGUUAAUUGGCCUCUUUACCAGCAAUUGGGCAGACCUGCAGAUGGAUGCAGCUCACUGUUUACAUGAACUGUCACACUCCAGUGACCCUGACGUGGUUGAGGCCUGCCUGCCAGCAUCCUCCUACCUCCUGACCUACCUGUCUGGACACAGUAUUGCACUCAUGGAACUGUGUUUAUACACAUUGGGGAAUUUGGUGGUUGAAAUGAAGGCUGUGAAGAAGCAACUUCUACCUCAGGGCAUUAUCUCAGUAUUGGCAUCCUGUAUCCAGUCCCCUCAUGUGGUGGUGCAAGAAGGUGUGGGCUACGUUCUGUCACAACUCCUGCAAUCCAGGGAAGCUCCAGCUGAGAUCAUACCCUUGGUCCUGGAUUCCACCCUUCCUCGGGACAUGCUUCACUUGGUUUGUUCCAACUUGGAAAAAGGAAUGGGAGCUGCAGUGGAAUUUGCAUGGGGUCUUCACUACAUUAUUUGCAGCCGGGUGAACAACUCAUUGCUGAUCUCACAAAGGACUAUGCCAUCCCUAACGCAGCUCUUGCUGGAACUGGCCUCUAUGAUAUCAACAAGUUCUAUUGAGUGUCUGGAAUUGUUGAUCUGUCCUGUGGUGCGGUGUGUUGGCAAUCUUCUUGCAGAAGAGGCAGAUGAUGGUGAACUAUUAGUAAAGGAAGAGCACCUUCUGUGGGCCAUGUUUGUCUUCAUACAACAUUUCCUCCCCAAACAUCUCUUUGUUGUACAGGAGUGUCUGUGGCUCAUCAACAACCUCACAGCUAACAGCACCAUAUCAUGCUGUGCUCUGCUCAACCUGGACCUCUUUCCAUCUCUUCUGAAGCUCCUAUGUUCCCACCAGAUGGUGAACUUGCUGGCUCUAACAGUGCUGUGCAAUGUAGCUGCCAAAGGUACUGCCUGCUGCCAGACGUUGUACCAAAAGGCUGUACUUCCUUCCCUCAUUAGCACUCUUGCCCUUCCUGAUGCCCAAGUGGUGGGACAAGGUCUGGAACUGCUACACCUCCUCUUCCUUCAUUGGCCAGAGGCUGCCACUGACUUUGUAGAUCAGUCAGGACUACAGGCCUUAGAGCAACAUCAGGAUAACCUACAGUUGCAAGAACGAGUCAAGGCACUCAUUCAGACUGCCAGCCAACUGGUUGCUCUCCCCCAGGAUUGUCCCCUUGGUACUUCAGUUGAAGAUCUACAAUUUGUAAGGAAGUAAAAUUGAGGCAGUGACAUAUACAAAUCAACCAUACUGGCUUGUUACCAACAAGACUUUGAACAGGGUACUGCUUUCCACCUCCAUGGUAGAACAAUAUCAACAAAUAAAUAUAUCCCUGGCACAUUGAGGGACUCCUGAUCUA